UUGCAAUCCGGAAAAACAUCUAACCUUGACUACUGUCACGUUAAGUCUCACAUGUGACAAACUUGAUUAGUUAGUUUGUUGGGAUUCGCUGCUUUGUAACCACUUCAAUUUUCGAUAACGUUGCGUUUUUGAUUGUGACAUUUUGGUAAUCGUGUAGGUUGUGGCGCGUGUUUCUGAGUUACGCAUGUUUUGUAUAGAUAAACGACCCUUAGCAUUUAGCAAAACAUUACUAACACAGCAGGACUGCCAUUUCAAAAAUGAGGACCAUUUUCUGCUUCAUCACCAGGAGCUGUAAAGCUGAUGGCAGCUGGAAACAAAGUGCCUUUUUAUCACCACAUUCAACGCAACGCAGAGUCAGAUGCACACGCAGCGAUGUGUGCAAUGAGGAAAGAAGCUACUACAUAACCACUCCCAUCUUCUAUGUCAAUGCCUCUCCUCAUCUGGGCCACCUGUAUUCAGCAAUUUUAGCCGACUGCAUGCACAGAUACAAGCUUCUCCGGGGAUUCAAGUCGAGAUUUGCAACAGGCACGGAUGAGCACGGUUUAAAAAUCCAACAGGCGGCCAAUGCAGCAGGAGAAGCCCCCCUGACCUUCUGCACUGGCGUGUCCCAGAGAUUCCGGCAGCUCUUUGGCAGCUGCAAUGUGUCCUUCACAGACUACAUCAGGACCACUGAGGAGAGGCACCGGCGGUCCGUAGAGCACUUCUGGUGCACGUUGUAUGACAAAGGGUUCAUCUACAAGGGCAACUAUGAGGGCUGGUACUCCACGCCAGACGAGAGCUUCCUCACGCCGACGCAGGUGGCAGACGCCGUUGAUGCGAGCGGCCAGGCUAUCAAGGUUUCACUGGAGAGUGGUCACAAGGUGGAAUGGCUGAAAGAGGAGAACUACAUGUUCCGUUUGUCAGCAUUUCGGACUCCACUGCUUGACUGGCUCCAGAAAAACCCCAGAGCUAUCCAGCCCGAGCGGUUCCUCCAAGAUGUUCUCCAGUGGCUGCAGGAUGACCUUCCGGACCUCUCUGUGUCCCGCCAAAGAAGCCGCCUCCAGUGGGGGAUUCCCGUCCCGGGGGAUCCUGAGCACACCAUCUACGUGUGGUUGGAUGCUCUGGUAAACUACCUCACGGUAGUUGGUUACCCCGACAACCACAAUCAUUGGUGGAGCGUGGCCCGCCACAUCGUCGGCAAAGACAUCCUGAAAUUCCACACCAUCUACUGGCCGUCUUUCCUCCUUGGGGCGGGACUGCCGCCGCCGCAGUCCAUACACGUGCACUCACACUGGACAGUCAAUGGAACCAAGAUGUCGAAAAGUUUGGGCAACGUGGUGGACCCCUUUGAGCGCUCGCAGGCGUUCACCACCGACGGUUUGCGGUACUUCCUGCUGCGUCAAGGCGUGCCUGAUUCCGACUGUGACUACGCAGAUCACAAAGUCACCAAGGUGCUCAACGCGGAGCUGGCUGACUCCUUGGGUGGCCUCCUCAACCGCUGCACCGCUCCCGCGCUCAACCUAACACAGACCUACCCACCAUUCUGCCCUUUGUUUUUCCCAAAUGAGCGGGAUGGUAGGGCGGUGCCAGAAGACUACCACCUGCUGGAUGCUGUGCGAAACCUCCCAACGUUGGUGGAGCGUCAUUAUGAAAGCCUGCACGUAUACAAAGCCUUGGAGGCCAUCACUUCCUGUGUUAGACAAACCAACGGCUUCGUUCAACGGCAUACACCUUGGAAGUUGAACAGGAUGGACAGCGGAGACCAACGUUGGCUGGACACAAUCAUCCAUGUCACUCUGGAAUGUCUGAGGAUUUACGGGACCCUCCUGCAGCCUGUCGUGCCGCGAGUAGCCGACAAGUUGCUGUCCAGACUCGGCGUGCGAGCUGACGAGAGGAACUGGAGCGACCUGGACUUCCUGCCAAGUUACAGUGGCAAAGACUGCCGCUUCCAAGGGAGAACACUAGGACCUGAUACAGGAGUGCUUUUUAAUCGUCUGGAAAGUCCCACUGGAGAUGAGCAAAAACCAAAGAAAAUUAAAAAGCAGACGAUUAUCUCAAGGCAGUUUACAUAAGGACCGAGUUUUGAACCACACUCUCCACACAUUUAAGGAAACCACCUAAACCACACGCGAAUAAGCACAAGGUCGCGAAAACUAGAAAAAA